GUUCUUUUACCAACGCCACAUUCAAUUUUAGUUUGGCAAUGGCUCAAGGAAACUCUGAUUUGCUCAGACACUUCUGCUGGACCUCUCAAAAAUCCCUAGAAAACCAAGCUGAUGUAUCAUUAACCCUAGCCAAGCACAUUCUGCUAAACAGAGGCAAAGAUUCAAACGUAGUCUUCUCGCCGAUUUCGAUACAAGUCAUUCUUGGCAUGAUUGCAGGAGGUGCCAGUGGCCAAACCCUAGAUCAGCUUCUCUGGUUUCUCAAAGCUUCAAGUAUUGAAGAAGUUCAUUAUAUCUAUUCACAUAUUGUUCAUCUUGUUUUCGCCAAUGGCUCGCUCCCUGAUGGCCCUAAUCUGUCAAUUGCCAAUUUUGUUUGGCUCGAGCAGACUCUGUCUUUGAGACCAUCUUUCAAACAGGUUUUGGAUACAUACAAGGCCUCUUGUCAACGGGUUGAUUUCAAGAACAAGGCUGAGGAGGUUAGAAAUUUAGUGAAUUCAUGGGUUGAAACAGUAACGAACAACUUGGUCAAACAGAUUCUUCCUCCUAAUUCUGUUGGCAGAGAUACUAAGCUUAUUUUGGCCAAUGCCCUCUAUUAUAAAGGAACUUGGAGUUCGGAGUUUGAUGCAUCUAGAACAAUGCACUUUGAUUUCCACCUCCUUAACGGUCAAUUAGUUCAGGUUCCUUUCAUGACUAGGACAAAGAAACGCGAACUUAGUGCUUUUGAUGGUUUCAAAGUGUUGAAACUUCCCUAUAAACAAGGUGGGACUCAAAGUAGCGGUGAACCUUCCUUUUCCAUGUACAUAUACCUCCCAAAUGCGAAAGAUGGGUUGCCGGCACUGGUAGAGAGAGCUGGGUCAGAAUCUGGAUUCCUUGAUCGCUAUAUUCCAUAUCAAGAAAUUAAUGCUGGAAUGUUCUGGAUUCCGAAAUUCAAAUUUGAAUAUGAAAUAGAACUGUCAGAAGCUUUGAAGAGUUUAGGGCUGGCCUCGCCCUUCGACCCAAACGUAGGUCUGAUGCAGAUAGUGGAUAAUUUUAGGCCACUCUUUGUUUCGAAGAUAUAUCAUAAAUCCUUUAUUGAAGUAGAUGAAAGUGGAACUGAAGCUGCUGCUGCAACCGUUGCUGUCAUGCUUCUUGGAGGUUUUGCACCUUCAAGGCAGGAGUUUCGGAUUGACUUUGUUGCUGACCACCCAUUCUUGUAUGUCAUUAGAGAAGAUAAAACAGGAAUUGUGCAGUUUAUUGGUCAAGUACUGAAUCCAUCAGCUACUUGAACUGCUUCUAGCAAAGCUGUAUACAGGGUUAUAAGUGCAUCAGAGAUUUUAUCUUAUUUUGGUAUAUAAGGGUAUGUGCACUAUAUAUCCUUGUGAAUCGUUGUCCAUGAUUCUUUUCUUGAUUGCAGCUGGUUCCAGUGGCCAAACCCUUGAUCAACUUUUCUCUUUUCUUAAAACAAAAAAUACAGAUGACUUUAACUCUCUUUAUUCAGAUAUCAUUGAUCGUGAAUUCCUCCUUGGGCGUUCCUUGUUUGUUUUCGGCCAAUGGUGUUUGGCUCGACGACUCACACUCAUGCCUUCUUUGAAGGAGGUAGUUACCAUCUUCUUUUUCCCUGUUAAAAAUACUGAUCAAUGAUGUCAUCAGGAUUUGGUCAUACAACAACUGGAAGAAAGCUAUAAUAUGUGGACAGUACCAUACGUCAGUUUUCAUAAUUGUUCAAGAGCAUAAUGUGUUAUUUCGUAUGCAAAGCCGUAGUUGCAGCAUUUGCUCUUUGCUGUAUAUCAGAAUUCAGAGAGGUUUUAAAUUCUUUCAAGGCUUGCAUUAGCUUGUAAAUAUAUAUAAGAGGGGUUUUCAAGCUAAGUCACACUCCCAGAUGCUGUUCUGUAAUACAAUUUUAUAAUGUUCUGUAAAACAUGUGUUCUGUUUAUUUUUAA